AAAGCAGCGAGAACGCGCGCAGCAGAAAGCGCGCACACUGCGCCGUAAGAUGUCGAUAAGUGUCGCAGCGACGGCUCCGCGGGAGACAGCGGCUUCAUCCUCCAGAUCCGCGCGGGAUGCCGAGCAAGAAGAAGAAAUACAACGCCAGGUUUCCCCCGGCCAGGAUUAAGAAGAUCAUGCAGACGGAUGAAGAAAUCGGCAAAGUGGCCGCAGCAGUUCCUGUCAUCAUCUCUCGUGCUCUGGAGCUCUUCCUGGAGUCUCUGCUGACCAAAGCGUGUCACGUCACACAGUCACGCAACGCCAAGACCAUGACCACCUCACACCUGAAGCAGUGCAUCGAGCUGGAGCAGCAGUUUGACUUCCUGAAGGAUCUGGUGGCGGCGGUUCCUGACAUGCAGGGCGAGGGAGAGGAGAACCACACGGAGGGAGAGAAGAUCCCACGCAGAGGUCGUAAGCCCGGCUCAGGACGUAAGAACGGCAGAGCUGGAGCCAAAGGCAAAGACAAGAAACUCUCAGGCACUGAAUCGGAGCAAGAGGAUGAUUCAGAGGACAGUGAGACAGACGGAGAGGAGGAUGAGGAUUCGUCUCAAACCAGCACAAACACACAGCCUGCAGUGUUCUUCCACAGGGAGGCGGCGCUGCAGUGUGUUCCGGUGAGCUCCCAGCAGGUGGCGCUGCUGCCGGCCGUCCCACACAAGAACGAGGAGGAGGAUGAGGAGGACUACGACUCAUAGCUGCUCUCUUCUCUCCUCUCCUCUCCUCUCUGUGGACCGAGGCACAGACGAGCACCUCAGCACCCCUAGCUUCUCGUCUAGAUGUGUUUUAAGUUGUUUUAAUCUUAUUUUAUGGUCCAGGAGCAGCUGAGGUGUUUGUGGAGAAGCGAGAGUCCUUCAGUUCUUCAGUGGCUCAUGUUUCUGAUGUUUUAAGCUAGUUUUAUGAUUACAGCUCGUCUGUCGUCUGGCGGUGCUGUCGUGCAGGUUUGAA